ACGAACUUGCAUCUCCGACAACACUGUUGACUGCUCCCGCAGUCUUGGGCCAUCGCUGACUACAGCCUGAAGAAUGCCAUCAAGGACAUGAAGACGCAGGUCCGCUGUGAUGGCAACAGCGCUGACUCCUGCAUCCUGACCUACCAGGCCCAGGCGUACAGGAUCCUCACCUACCAUGAGACGACGACGCCAACCGUGUCCCUCGCAGACCUGUGCAAUGCUGUGGAGAUCACGACGAUGUGUAUAAAUGAUAAACUGGGCACCACACGUGUGGGAGAAGGCAUGGACACUAUUGUCAGUCGGCUUUGGAGACACCUUAAUGCCAGUGUUAUGGAAGUUUGUGAUGGCACUGCCCCCACCUGUCCUCUGGGAGUUCAAGCGAAUGUCGUGCUCAGCCUGCUGGUGAAGCUGACCACUAACCCCAUCUACACAAAGCAGGCUUUCUGCAGUGAAGUUCCAGUGAUGCUGAGCCGCGUGUCUCCGGCUGGUCUGGAGAGUUGCGGUACCAGCAACACCUUGUCCAUGGUGAUGCAGUACCUCCAGGAGAGCUACAGCGCCAAGUGCCAGACCACCAUCACAUGUGAACAGGCCGCAACUGAUGGAAACACCUGCCUCAACGAAAUUACUGCUAGCUCUUCCUGCGGGGAUCUCAAGCAAGUGCAAGCUUGUCUGGGCAAGGCUAUAGGACAAUGCAGCAACACCUCUGAUACUUUGAUGACAACAUUCAGAUCCAAGCUUGCCAACAUGACAGCAACAUGUAUACGCUUGCCGGUCAUCAGUCAUUCCUUGAGCACCGACAACACGAUCUACCUGGCAGAAGGCGGACCAUCAGUCAAACUGACUCUGGGGGCUCUUGACUUUACAGACGCUUUAUCAGCUAAUGGUGAAAUCAGACUCACGAUCAAGUUUGACUCGGCAACUCCCAGCAGCGUUCCAAGGUGCCCAAAUGACAAUGCAAUCCCACAAGUUGCAUCUGAUACAUGCCAGAUCGUCUUUGACGCCUCCAACAAUGCUGAUGAGCAGAGUUUUGAGAUAUCAGCAGUGCUUGACAACAUUGUGGACGGGUACCAGCAAGUCGAAGCAACAGUCACCAUGGAGAGAUUGGAAGGAAACCCACUGUCUGUUGUAGCGGACGAGACAUUGGGUCCAUUCAAUAUACAGGUGCAGGAUCGUGACGGGAAGUCUGCAAUCUGCUCCUCCAUCAAUGACCCCCAUUUGACCACCUUUGACGGAAGGAUGUAUAAUUAUAUGGGCACAGGCACCUUCCUGAUGUACGAAAACAGUCUUAGCCGUGGUAACAGUCCUAUCGAUCUUCAGGUUCAGACCAAGUUCCAGACUUGUGGCAACAGUGGGAGCUGUAACUGCGCCGUUUACAUCGUCGUCGACAAUGAUGUCAUCGUGUUUGAUAUCUGCGGAAACUCUGGCGUAUUCAACCCACUCAAAGUGGACAUCAAGAUACGUGGCGAGAUGAGUGAUGCAGUGAAGAUCAUGAUGUCUGCUGACCACAAGACAUACCAGGUUGUCAUAGCAACAGGCCAAAUUGUGAAAGUUCGAGAAAGUAAUGGCCACCUGAACGCAUGGAUCCUGGCCUCAGCCAGUGAUAGAGGCAACACGAGAGGACUGUGUGGAAUGUUUGACGGAGACCGGUACAAUGACCUUACCCAGCCUGAUGGCUCCAUGUAUGAGAUUACAGACGCAGACAUGGCGUGUACGGCACUCUGACACCAGAUAACUACACCCGUCAGUGGAGAGUCGUUGCUGGAUCUGAGGACGACAUCAGCAACGGUGUCCAGGGAGAUGUCAACGACACCGCUUUACCAAACACUUGUCAGUGUGGUUCCAGUGUGACAUGUGACCGGUUCGCACGCUGCGCAGAGACUUGUGGCCUGA